GGCUGGCUGGGGCGGAGCUCGCAAGGAGGCGGCUGUCGGUGGAGCUGCAGUCGGGACUGGGCGGCUGGGCCUGGCGGCCGCGAAGGGGCGCGCCUCGCUGGCGCGGAUCUGCCCGCACGUGAACUCCACCUCCUUGCUGGCUCCGCGCCGAGCGGUGAAGCUGCGGGUCUCCGCCCCGCUCCAGCGACGCCUCAGCUCCUGGAAUAGUAAUCUCAGUUCCGGAUCGCGCAUAGCUGGCUCCUAGCUGACCGCUUGAGUCACCCAGCAGCGGUGUGGCGGAGCCAGGGCUGGGAACCACUGGAAACCCUGCUACAGCACAGACACCGGCCCAGCAGGGGACACCCCGCCGGAGCAGGCCAGUUCAUUCAAGGACUCAUCCCUGUGCCUUCCUUCUGAGUUUCGACUACUUCCCAGUGGAAAGCAUACUUGGAACAGACACUUGAGUACUCGUGGAGAGAGGUUCCAUGGGGACUGUACCUGACCCUCUGAGGGUGACAAAAGCUUCAAUAGUGGCAGCUUCAGGGAAGGAAGAGUCUCCAGGAGAGCUGCAGAGUGUCUCACCACAGCCAACUCAGCCAGAUAAAAAUGCUAGCGGCAUUGGCAAUGCUCCUGCAGAACUCGGCCUCAGGCUCAAUGCAGCUGCUCAGGCCCUGAUGCAAGCUUGCAUGCAUGAGUCCAGCCAGCAAGACAUGGCAUCUCCUGGUGUCUUCAAUGAAGCAGAGCAAGUGUCUCCUGAACAGAAAACUCCCGAUGCCUCCAAGCUUCAAGGAAGCAAGGAGUCAGCAGCACCAGGUCUGAAUACUACUACAGAAAAGGAACUUACAUCUGCGCCAUUUUUAAUGUCUGCAGCCCAGCCCAGUCACCAUGACAUCCGAAGUGACCCACCAAAUACUAGCACCUGUCCAGUACCUGAGGAUUCCUUGGUGAACUCAGAGGCAAACUCAAACGAUGAGAAACCUACCAGGGUCACCUGUUGCCGCAACAAAAAUGAAGUACACUGUGAUUUUCCUUCUGCAGAAAACAGUCAGGCAAUAAUUGUACAGACUCCAGAUACAGCAAUGAGGAUUCACUCAUCCCCUUCUGCAGAGAGACGUGAGGGGGAAGGGCAGAAAGUCAUCAAUAACACCACAGUGGUGUCCAGUGAAUCUCCAGCCACAGGAGGAUGCUCAGAGAACAAAGAGCCCUCAGCCACUGCCUUGAACAGCACAGCUGAAAGGUCAGAAAAUCCUCCACUAACCCCCCUCACCAGCAGAGAGGCCACAUGUUCUUCAGAGGCAAGGCAGGCACUGCUGCCCGCACAGCAUCCAGCGUCAAGGUUCAAAGAAGCCAGUACGAUGACCUGCCAAGCUGAAAGCGAGGCUAAGGAGGUCCCUGGCAGGGCUUGGCAAGAUGCUGAGGUGCAGGCAGUGGCAAGUGUAGAGAGCAGGUCUGUCUCUACCAGCCCCAGUAUCCUCCCUGCAUAUUUGAAGGAAAAUCCUGCACCGGAGCAGGAGAAUGGGCAGGAGCAACUGCGAGUCAUUUGCCAUAGCAAGGGCAGUGGAAGCCACCAGUUGGAACUAUCGAACAGCAUGGUAGACCCCCAGGAGGCAAGGCAGGGCCCCAGCAUUGUACCACAGGUGCAUAUCCAGGCAGUUGUUCCCACUCCUGCAGCUUUCAAAGGGGGAUACAAACCAGCCAACCAACCAGCUGAAGGCCGUAAAUCUCCACUGAUCCAUGUGGCCUCCAGCCAAAACCCGGAUACAGAGGAAGACCAUCGGUCUUCAGUAAGCAAAGAGGCAACCUCCAGACAACUUGCAGGUACGAAUCCUGACUCCCAGAAAGCUAGCCCCAUUGGCCAGAUUUCCCUCCUGGCAGGGAGUCAAGCCGAGAUAAGCCAGGGGCUGGGGAACUCUGGACCCAGGGAACCUGAAUUUGUAGUGAAAACUACAAAUGACCACAAAGCAGAGCCAGGCUGCAAACCAUCCAACUCCCUUGGAGGAGCCAAGAAAGACCACACCCCUGAGAGCUUGGACCCCACUGAUAAAAGAGAUGCAAAGGACAAGAAGCCUGCUUCUCCUCUUAUCCUGAAGGACCAGGCACCUGGAGGCACCAACACCCUAGAUGCCAAAACCCUACUGCUAAAUCCCAAAUCUCAAGGAAAUGAAGGGGAAGGACCAGAGGUCAGUCCUGCACCCUCCCCAGGGAGGAAGAGCCAACAGAACGCCUUGGAAGAACACAAGCAGACCAAGACAGUCGCAAGUCUGAGCCUGCCAUCAGAUGGCACAGGUGACUCGAGCCCAGGCUCUGGUAAGAGGACCCCUUCUCGCUCAGUCAAGGCCAGCCCACGCAGGGGCAGCCGGGUCAGCGAGUUCCUGAAGGAGCUCAAUGUGACAGCUGCGGCUGCCCAGGUGGGGCUCACCCCUGGAGAGAAGAAGAAACAGCUGGGUGCGGACUCCAAGCUGCAGCUGAAACAGUCCAAGCAAGUGAGGGAGGUGGUGUGGGAUGACCAGGGCAUGACCUGGGAAGUGUACGGUGCUUCCUUGGACCCAGAGUCCCUGGGAGUUGCCAUCCAGAACCAUUUACAAAGACAAAUUAGGGAACAUGAGAAGUUAGUUAAAACACAAAGUGGCCAGACUCGAAGAUCGAUUUCCUCAGAUUCUUCUUCAAGUAAGAAGCUUAAAGGGAGACAACAGGGUGUUCUGCAGUCCAUGCUGCAAAACUUACGGCGUCCCAACUGCUGUGUCCGUCCUGCCCCGUCCUCUGUGCUGGACUAAAAGGGAACUGCACCGGUGUAUGAGCUGUGGUAUUCCUUGUGUCUAUUCGUGUUAAAGCUUAGAAGUUUGGAUUUCUGUUUUGGUGUGAAUUUGUUGUCAUUGUUUUCUGAGAGACUAAGAGUAAACGCAACGAUUAAGUUUAAAAAUUAGCUAUUACGAAUUGUUGGGUUCUCCACAAAUAAAAUGCCGCUUCACACUGAUAAAAUACCAGAAGCAGAGCAAAGUUUGCAGAUAGUCUGAGUUCAGAAGAAAUGGUUGUCGCUGCGGUUUUUUAAUCCAUUAUCAUUUAUACACACAUUUUUAUUACACACAAGUCAGUUGGUAUUUUCACCUCAGUCUAUUAGGUGUUAUUUCCAGUAAAAAAAAAAAAAAAAAAAACCUGCUUAUGUUAAAACUAGCAAAAACAGCUAUUAGUAACACUGGUAAUUUCUGGAAUUACUGAAGUAAAGAUGCUAGUACCACAAAAAGUUGCUAGUACCACAAGAGGAUAGUAGUACUACAAGAGAAUGCUAGUACCAUAAAAGUUUAAGUAGCUUAUAAGAACCUUAAUGUGAAAAGUUGAGAAAAAUGUAUGUUAUUCCUGAAAGAAAUAAAAUGAAAUGAAAAUAUUCAAAAAUAUAUGAAAAUAUGAACUGGCUAUAUACAUCUAAAGCUAACAGUUAUAAUGUGAACAAGUUCUUGUUAGAAAAGUUAGCUAUUCCUCCAAAUAUGAAUAUUCCCUGUACUAAACGUGAACUUCUAUGUGUACAUCUUCCUGCAUUGGAAGCGGAAGUGCAUCUCUGUGCUCCGGGCCACAUUAAAAUGGUAUUUUCUUACACUAGAGGGAAUGUCUGUGACUGGAGUCUUGAAACUAAGGAGGACAGUGAAUUUUGUAUUGAAAGUGUGUCCUCUGCUAACAGUUUCUGAUUUGCAUAAAUGCACAAUCUAGACUCCUUCAGAUUUAUUGCUUUCAAGUGGCAUGCUGUUAUACUUCAGAGAUCUUCAUGAAAUUAUAGUUUGGACGCUGGUUGGCCAUCUUCCCUCACCGGUUUCUACAAAAGGUUAGACAGCCAUGGGAACAUCUUUGGCACACCGAGUUGGGGUGGUGGCAGCAGCUGGAGCAUUGAGAUAGGAUGGAGAAGGAGCACGGCCCAGGCUGAGGGAAGGCCUUCCUCCGAGCAUUCAUGGUCUAGACAAUGCUAAUCUGAAGGUUGCAGUAAACACUUCAGACUUAGCUGUGGAAGAAAGAGCAACAGCCUUUGCUAAAAUCACUCCUGAUGAGCUAGAAAAGAGGACCUGCCAUGCAUCAUUUUUUUCUUUAGAGACUCAAAUAUCAGUGGUGCAGCCACACAUCUAUUUUGGCUUUUUAAAGUUUAUUUCUAUUUUAUAGAUUAAAAACAUAAGAAUUAUACCUGAGUUCCAAAUCCUGAGCUACAUUGCGUUUGAUUUCUACAAGAGCAAUUUAACUGAGUAUGUAGCUGCAUAAGUAAGCCACAGUGACAGUACUCUCCAAGUUGGAGAAUGAUAAUUACAGUGUUAUACUUGGAACUGAUAAUGAAUUUCUUAAUAAGGCACAUUUUUCAGCUUCUUACUAAUUGGCUUCUAUUAAGGAUGCUUUAUAAAGUAGGAAUUACUGUCAAAUUACUGAUCAAAUUGUUAUACUAAUGAUUAGAGAUUUAGUAUAAAACUCUUUUAAUCUAAGUACUCAUUUGUCUCAGACACACGUGCAGGGAUUUUAUCUGUCUCCUAUCUUACACACACCCAUGCCUUCUGUCACAUGUCAGCACCCAUAUUGUGUAUACACAAGCACACUCCCCACAUACACAUACACAAGAGCAGCUGUCCACAGGGUCCACUCCAGAUGGCCCUAGGAAUCCUUUCCUGCAAAGAGCUACAACAAGCUGUUCCUAUGGUCUAAUAGGAGAGAAAAGACAGUUCUGAGCAGCAAUAAUGUUUGUGGAUUUCAACUAAACAUGCAAUACAUAGAUUGUUAAGCCUGAGAAAGUUGUAAGCAUCUUUCCCAACUUCAGGAAAUCAAAACUGCUCAUUUUGGUAUGGUGCCUCUCAAAGCAAAACCUUAAGAAGAAAUAUUUGAUUAAUAAAUUUGGUUUUCUUUGAUACCAGAAUUAAAUAUUUAAUUUGUACAAAGACUCUAUAAACAUCACAAAAUGGUACAAAUAGAUCUUUGCUUUUUUCCUUUUUCAUCCUACAGAAUUGAGAGCUUUUAGAAACAUCCAUGGAAGUUGCCUCUCCAAAUGUAUACAUUAAGCGGCAAACCUGAUCAGGUGUUUAUUUUAUGGUACCUACCCAUAGACACUCACAUAGUACAAUUACAAAUUGUACAAGUACAAAUCCCUAUUUGAAGCUUUCCCUUUUCAUAAGCCCAUGACACAUAAUCCAACCUUCAGGAUUUCACUGAGACCUCCUGUCUUCUUCAUCCAAGUAGGCACACAAUGGCUGUCCUGGAACACUCUAUCUGCCAAGAUAGAGUGAUAUCACUCUAUCACUCUUCUUGCUUUGUCUUGUGACAUACACUGGUUUAAGAGUUAUUUAUGUCUAUCAUUAAUUUUUUCUUUUAAAAACGUUUUAUUGAUUCUUUGUGAUUUUUGCAUCAUGUACCCAGUUGACUCAUCUUCAUCUCCUCUCAUAACUGCCAUCUAUCUACCCUUGCAAUCUCACCCCCAAACAAACACACAAACAAAAUAAAACAAAACAUAAAAACCAUCUCAUCAUGAAAACUGUAGUAUGGCACAAUGUGUCCCACAGUAUGUCUCUCUGUACACACAUGUUCACUUGCAAAUGUUUAUAGCAAUGUGUCAUUGGUCUGGUUCAAGGUCUCUGGCUUCUGUGAUACCAUCAGUAUUGGCUCCUCACUGGGACUCCCCCUGGUUAUCCUGUUGUUGUCCUGUGUCAUGGGAAUCAUUCAUCUUGGAUCAGCAGGACCUGCCCUUUUAUAUACCCCAAGAGUUCAUAGAAAAUGUAGAGCUCAGAUAUCACUGAAGCCCAGAUCUGGGGCUUUGAGUUGACCUACCCAAAAAUCUACAUCAUUAAUUUCUUUCACAUGUCAUUUAUACCUUCCUAAUACAUCUUAGAUUUUGAAAUAUAGGUAGUAAAUGUUUUAUUAAUGAAAUAAAUAGAAAAUAAAUAGAAAAUAUUUCUGGCAUCAGUAAUAAAGGAAGUGGAACUCAGGGUCUGGUAUUUCAUUCACCAUUUACAAUUUAACGAUGUUAUACCACUUACCAAGAAAUACUAGAGUUCUUAUUUAAACUGUUAUUAUUCUGUUUCUAUGACCAUGAGACAAACACUCUAGCUUCCAUUGUAAUUUGUUUAUUGUGAAUGAUUUUAUAAGAACAUCAUUUUUAAUUAGUUGGUUUUGAUGCCAUGGCCACCUAUGUAACAUAAAGUAAAAUAUUGAUCAACUUUUGUUUUGAAUCAGUGGCAUAAAAUGAAUAUUUUGUUGUGUCAAAAUUAAUCUGAACCCAUGUGUAUGUAUGUCAAGAUGAAAUCAUUGAAAACCAGAUUCAUGUUUCCUUCCAUGCCAAGUUCAACUAUAUUGAAUGGAAUUUGAUCUUGGAUACAAUUAUUUUAUUCUUCCAAAUCAAAAUCAUCCAAUACGCCUUAUUUUGGAUAUCUGUAUUUCAUGUUAUAGAUUGAGUAUAAAGCUGAAGUUGGACUGAAUGUGCAUGUGUGUCCUCUAUUUAAAGUCUGGACUUUGAACCCGAAUCCUAACACAGAAAGAUAAGGAUAAGAAUGUUGUAGUUUAUCUGGAUCUCAAAGUCUUGGGGCUUUGCUGUUCCCAGUUUGUACUGUUUUGCUUCAUUAUUCUGGCCAUGAUGUAUAUACCACACCAAAAACAGAACACUAGGGGAUGUCCACUUUUAUUAGUAGGAGAUAUGUGAAAGUAUGCUUUUAAUGUCUCUUGUACAGCCUUCUUUGUAUUCACUGUUAUAUUCACUGAAAAUGCGUGAGAAAUCAGUUUCCCUUUAUUUGUACAGUGAAAGUGGUUUUUAAAGAUCCCCUUCUAGUGUAACAUAAGUCAUCAUAUCUCCUGUCUACUAUUUCAGAUCACUAUAAAGAAAACAACAUAUUAGAAUAACAUUUGUGUAUAGUUUAUGUGUUCUUAUUGGAUACUGGCCAAUCAUGGCCUUAUAUAGACUAAGAUGUACUAAUUAUCUACAAGGUUGUCAUGGAGAUGAGGCUGUCUCUUCUCUCCUGCUUUGUUCUUAGUGGUGUGUGAAAAAUAAGCUUGUGAAUUCCCUGGUGUGGUGACAUUGAACUCUGAAAUAUCUUAAAGCAAGCUGAUGACAUUGUCACUGCCACAGCUUUGUCAACAUGGUGAAUCAAUUAAUCAGAAACCUUGUUUCUGCCCAUGUCAGUACCUACUGUAUCACAAUUAUACCUGAACAUUUUGUUUUCUGUUAGCAGUGUCCCUUGAUGUGUGGGCAGCCUCUUUGGUUGGCUCUUUCUGAAUGCAGGUCAGCUGCUACUCCAUGGCAAAUGAAACUUGCAUUCUGGGAAUCUCCUGCCAUCCUUGGGACCAUACCCUCCCCUAACAAAAUUCUGCAACUGAUGAGUGAUUCUGAAAGGCAUACCUGCAGACAUGCAGGUUCAUGAAGAACCACACAAUGUUGAACAUUUUUUUUUGCAAAAUAGCUUUGUAAAUACUGAAACAGACUUCCACGAACACUAUCUUACUUUUGGAACAGAAAGUAUUCCUUGCCUAAGGAAAUCAAAUUUUUGAUUUGCAAUAACCAAGAACAUGAAGGAAGAAUUGGAGUGGAGAUUUUCUGCCUCACAAUGAUAUGUUGCUAUGUUUAACAGUGAACACUCACCAGCUCAGCUUUCACUUGCCACAACCGAAUAACCUCUCUCCAAGUAACUCCAGUCCAUCUGUGUGCAUAUACAAACAAAAGACAAUCUGGAAAAGACUUACUAUUAAAAAUUCAAGGUGACAGCAAUUAUAAAGGACAUUCAAAUAACUGAGGACUCAGAAAGAUAACAGUGGGGACCAGAAUGGCAUAAGAAGUUGUCAUUUAAACAUUUUUUUCUAAGACUCAGAUAUCUCAGAAACCAAUUUGAGAAUAAAAACUGUUGACUAUGAAAUUAAAGCCAAGCAAUAUCAUGCCAAAAAGAGGCAGUUAUACCAGCAAGUGCAUCAGCUGUAAUCACACAUUAUGUAAUUAUAGUUUACUCUGGGAAGAUUGGCGGUAGCUCAGAGGGCACAUGGAAGCACAGAUUCAGCUUUCUGUUGGAAAGCCUGAUUAAAUGCCUCACAUGAAGUAGCAGCUCAAUAACCAUGAGCAAAGAUUAGCCCAUGUCUCAUGCCAACCAUGACAGAAGAGAAGCCACUGAUUCAAACUCAAAUCAGCUUCAACUAGAAACGUUGUCAAAACAAUUGAAUUUACAAAAAUUUCUCUUCCUGGAUACUAGCAGCUAGAUACAAUUCACUUAACUUAACUCAGCCUAGUGGAUUGCAAGACUUAGCAAUGUAAAACAGGCUCCCAAAUGAAAAAGUACUAAAACACCAUCCCUUUAUAGCAAAAGAAUCUCAAAUAAUGUUGAACAAUUCUCAGAGAAUGUUUUAGAUGACUUCUGAACACUAACUACUCAUCAAGUGUCUUUCUGUGCUCAAGUUCAAAGUUAAUUGGCUGUAAAGUAUUGAGAAUUAAGUCAUAUAUUUUGCCCCUCAGGAAAAGACACUGAUGAUCAACAAAACAGUAAUUAUGAUGAGAUUAUCUCAUGAUCUAUGUGUAUGAAAGAGAGAGUUAAAUGGGAAAGAAGGUCUAAUCUAGAUCUCUUCAAUGUGGAAAUGUCAUCAGAGAUUUUCCCUCAAGUAGGGGGAAAAUUAUAAUUUUGUUUGAGGUUGUUUUUUGUUUUGUUUUGUUUACAUUGCUGCUAGAACUUAUUUUUGUUAUUUUUUUUAAAAUAACAUAUCUCUUAUUUAGAAAAACUUCUAAGUAGUUAAGCAGUUUCUACUGAAUCACAGGGCAUUUGAAGACACUUUGUGAAGUUGGGCAGAAGGCACUGGUCUUCAUCCAAAGGCAAUCUUGAUGAUUUCAGUGUAGGCUCACUAGUAUUCAUUUUAGGCCACAUCUUGGCAUAAUUCACUUUCAAUCAUGUCUUUAAACGAUUCAGAUACACUGGAAAAUGGCAGUAUUCUAGACCUGCAUCUCUGUCCUUAAAAGAGAGGAGAGAUUAAUAUGGCUUGUUAUAAGGCGAUCUACAGAUACCUGCUAUUAAAUAUAAGAAAAGUCAACCAUGUUUGAAAACUCAAGGAAAACUCUCAAGUAGCAAUUACUAAAUCUCUAUAUUUAUUUACCUCUGUUGUAGUAAUGUGUGAUAAUACUGUAGCUGGUUGUGGUACAUCCAUACAUUCUGUAAGUGUGUAGAGUCUGUGGGUGAUUGCUUUGGCACUUUUAUGUGUAGACAAAAAUAGAAUGAUAAAGCUAAUUUAAAGGCUAUUUCUUAUCACCAAGUAGGUACGUGCAGGAAAGUUAAUAAAAUCAACAAAAGUGUGUAUGUUUGUAUUCAAUGACAGAAUUGAUUCUUUCAGUAUAAAGUCAGGAGGAACUGGGCAUAAUUAUGUUUUGUUUCUUUAUCAUCAUAAGAGUUGCCAGCAGAUUUACCACAAAGGCUGAAUGGAGUGGUUGGUACAUUGGCAUGUUACUAAAUAUGCCAGAGCUAAUUUCAUAUGCCAUUAGUCACAAGUAAGGUCAGUUCUUUGACCACUGGGUUGAUUUACAUUCCUCACACAUGCUCUGUGUUAAUUGUGUGACAGUAUGUACAUACAUGAGUGUGGUUGUGUACAUACCUUGUAUGAAUUAUCAACAUUCUUUAAACAGUUGCAGAAAAGCAGAACAAAGAAAUAAUAAAUCAAAAGCCUCAAAAUGGCUAACUAAGAUGUAUUUUCAUUUUCUACACAUAAAAUACGUAUAUAGCCAAAUGUAAAUAGCACAUUCAAAUAGAUGUUCACACAAAAUGAAUUUAAUUUGAAUGAAUUAUUGACAAAACAACUAAUUAAUAGCUACAUCUUUCCAUGACUUUCCUAUUUUGCAUAUAUUAAUAUUGAAAAUAUAAAUGCUCUUCCUUAACCCAAAUGGCAGUUUUUACAUGUCAUAAAAUCCCAGGCUAUUUAGCAUCUCAGAGUCUGGUAUCUGAACAGAUUCAGAGAUAUUAAUGCUAUUUUCUAAGUCCAGAACCAUAUCUGGAAAUGACACACACACUGAGAAAAACCACUUCUAUUUUGAAAGCUGAAUUUGGGCUUCUACCAAUAUUUAUUUGCACAGCCUGACAGAAAGCUUACACUUUUAUUGAAGUAUCUCCGGAUUUCUCUAGUGUGCAUAGUGACUCAAAGAAGAGACAAACACGGGCCUUCUCAUGAAAUUAGUAAAACUGUGUGCCCAGACCAAAGAGAAAUAAGAGAUCGAACUGAAAACAAAUUAUAGUAAGAUAUAAUAAUAAGACAGUUGGGAGUUCCUUAAGAAAGACACUGAUACUCUGCACAGAAUAACACCAAGGCUAGUAACAUUAUCCAACUACUGGUAACUUGGAACAGAAAUACCCAGUUUAUCACAGUUUUUCUUAAGAAACUGAUCAAAUUUUUCUAAUUUCUUCUCAAGGAAAAUUAUGUAUUGAAUAAAGAUCAGAGACUGACAUUGUUAAAAGUUAGUUCAACUUGACACUGGCUCCAUGACACUAAAAAGUGUUAUUAGCUAGUUGCUGGGCUAAUGACAUGAAUGGAAAUAUGAGAAUUGCCCCUUGAUGAAGAAUUCAUUUCAAAAACUACAAAUACAACUUUUCACAAAAGGUGAAUAUUAUUCUGAAUAAUAUUAAUAUGCAUAUAUUCCCUAACAUUUGAAUGUUCCUAGUAUAUUUUCCUGGGGGGAAAAUUGAACUGAUGUUGGCAUUUAUGAGUCUGUGUCUGCUGAAGCUGGAGAGAUGGCUCAGUGGUUAAGAGCAUGUACUGUUUCUUCCAGAGAAUCUGUGUUUGAUUUCUAGCACUCACACGGCAGCUCACAAUCAUCUGUAACUCCUGUUCAGAUUAGGAAAUAAAUCAUCUCCUGACACCUGAGAAAUGGACAAAGGCUAAGCAACCGUACAGACACUGAGUAAUGACUGUGUCUGGCCAGUUUACCUGUGAUGAGAAUAGAACUACUGAGAUCUUGAUGUUCACCAGUUUGUUUGUUUGUUUGUUUGUUUGUUUGUUUGUUUGUUUUUUGCAUAAGAGAAAUCUGUGUACUUUUGAAAAAUGCAUAUGAAUUUAAAUAUCACCUGGGAAUUCUUUCAACAUGACAACCAUUUGUGUACAUCCACUAAGAAAGAUCAAAAUGAAAUACAAUGUUUAAUCAAUGGAGAAACAGUAAUAUUCAAAAUGCAAAGUAUGACUGUUAUGGAAUCAUGUCUGUCUACAAAGAUCAUAAAAUAACUUCUUUAAGAAAGUUAUCAUAUCUUGGACAUUGUUCCCAAAUAAAGAUGGAAGGUCAUGUUGAUAGAAAGAUAAUGAUUUGACAAAAGACCCCAACCCUAUUUGACAGUCGGUUUUCUAAUGGAUGCUUAAAAUACUGAUGCUUAAAAUUCAACUGGUUAGCUACUGUUGUCCUAAAACUUUUUGAAAUAUGAUUUUUUUGCAUCUCACUUCACAUAAUAAAUAUACUAUGAAAUAAAGUA